ACAUAGAGACAGAGGUACCCUGUGUGUGCCUGCCGCGGGAGAGAGGUGCUCAGCAGCUCCCAGCCGAAGGGAGAAGCCCGCUGGAUGAAAGGCGCUGGGGCGUUGUUGCAAAACAUCAGCACUUGAGGGACUGCUGGCUGGGAGCGGAGAGGUCAGGAAGGAGUUUGGACUUGGUGGUAAUUACUUUCAGGUCUUUAUCUCUCCGAAUCCCCUGGAACAUCACAUUCCCCUGGUCAGAGCGUGGAGAAGACUUUGGCAUUGUGCUUUUACAGAAUGUAGAAAUCAUCUCAGAAGCCAUUUCUGUCAGCUGAGGAUAUUGAGAGCUUGACAUUCCAGAUCAGAGGAUUACAGGAUGUUAGGGGUUGGAAGGGACCUCUGAAGAUCUUCAAGUCCAAAUUCAAGGCAGCAAAACUGUCUUGGCUGUGCCAACGGCUGACACCAGGAGCAUUCAGAGCCUUUUUCUGGCACCAGAGCUAUACACAACAGGAACCUCACCUACAGAGUGAGCUCUUGUGGAAUUUAAGCCAGAAGAAAGCCAUUCCUGUACUCCUGUUGGUCCAAUGAUGAUUUUCACAACUGGAAACUAAAUGGCACAGUUUUGUCUUCCUGAGACUACCCUGAACUGCUGCUGCUGCAUGGCCUCUUCCAUUGCUGUUUAAAUGAAUCGCUGCCGGCAGCAGCGGAGCACAAAGGGAUCUGCCAGGCUCCCGCAUCGCUCAGCGAGAAGAAAGGAGUCAGCGGAGCAGACUAACAGGGACUUGUGUCGGGUGGCCUUGCCCUACAAAGGCUGCCUUUGAAAGAGACAGGCAGUGCUAUUUAAUGAGCUGUGAGAUGAGGCGCUGCUGCUAACGCUCAGAUCCCGGCAUUCACCGGCUAUUCAUUGUGCUUAAUGUACAUGUUUCUGCACCGUGCAUUUAGGAGAUCCCAGAGAAGAAUCCAAAACGGCUGCGGGGGAAAGACCACCAAACAUGCCUACAGAAACACUACCGACAGGUAGCAUGGUGAAGCCGGUCAGCCCUGCCGUCACCUUCACCUCCGCCGUGCCCCUCCGCAUCCUGAACAAAGGACCUGACUAUUUUCGCAGGCAGGCGGAGCCUAAUCCCAAGAGACUGAGCGCGGUGGAGAGGCUGGAGGCCGACAAGGCCAAGUACGUCAAGAGCCAGGAGGUCAUCAACGCCAAGCAGGAGCCCGUGAAGCCGGCGGUGCUGGCCAAGCCGCCCGUCUGCCCCGCGGCCAAGCGGGCGCUGGGGAGCCCCACCCUGAAGGUCUUCAGCAACAACGCCAAGACCGAGAGCGGCGUCCAGAGGGAGAACCUGAAACUCGAGAUUUUGAAGAACAUCAUCAACAGCUCCGAAGGCUCCAGCUCGGGUUCAGGGCACAAGCACGGUCCCCGCAACUGGCCGCCCCACAGAGCCGAUUCCACGGAGCUGAACCGGCACUCGUUCGCCGAGUCUCUGAAGGUCUACCCCACGCAGGGCCGCAGCAGCCCGCAGGAGAGCAGCUCCAACGUCAGCAGGAGGCUCCUGGAGCAGUCGGCAGAGACUUUCUUGCACGUCUCUCACAGCUCCUCAGACAUUAGGAAAGUAACUAGCGCAAAGCCCUUAAAAGCAAUACCCUGCAGCAGCUCGGCCCCGCCUCUGCCUCCCAAGCCCAAAAUCGCUGCCAUCACCACCCUCAAGUCCCCGGAGAUCGAGGCGGUGGAGUCUGGCUGUGGAGUUAGCAGAAGGCCCUCCCUACAGCGCUCCAAAUCAGACUUGAGCGACAGAUACUUCCGCGUGGACGCCGACGUGGAGCGGUUCUUUAACUACUGCGGACUGGAUCCCGAAGAGCUCGAAAACCUCGGGAUGGAGAACUUUGCAAGGGCUAACUCUGACAUUAUAUCCCUCAACUUUCGCAGCGCAAGCAUGAUCAGCUCGGACUGUGAACAGUCUCAGGACAGCAACAGUGACCUUAGAAACGACGACAGUGCCAAUGACCGCGUGCCAUACGGCAUUUCCGCCAUCGAGAGGAAUGCCAGGAUCAUCAAGUGGUUGUACAGCAUCAAGCAAGCCAGAGAGUCACAGAAGGUGUCCCACGUGUGAGAGGAAACGAAUCCACCCUGGAGGGAAAAAAACAAACAAACCCAAACAAUCAAAAAACCCACAAAAAAAAAAAAAAAAAGCAAGGACUGUAUCUUUGUCUGUGAAUAUUCAGUUGUGAAGGGUUGUGAAGUCUACUUGAAGUCUUGUACACUUCUCCGAUCUCUUUUGUGUUGCUUGUUGUGCAAUGUUUCCAAGUUGCAUGCCUGUCAACAUGUGAGCUGACCUGGCUUCCACUUGAACAGUAACUAACUACAGAGCCUGGCUGAGCGUGCCCAUCAUCUGCCAAAAGUUUAAGAGGAGAAUCUAAUUAGGGCUUCAGUGUAAUCAAAAAAAGUGUUUACAUGGAAAAGGUUCUUUGACUUCUUUGGUAUUUAUGUGGUUUCCUUGUGGAUUUUAUAAAUGUCACUUUUUGUCUUAAAUACAGAUAUGGUCAACUGGCAGUACCGGUUUCUGAGCUGAAACAGAAGCCCCUUGAGGGGUGGAAAAGGAAAAUUGGCCAAAAUGAGAGGUUUAGGCAUCUGAUGGUAGGCAAAGCAGCCUUAUCUCUUGUGGAAAGUGCUUUAUUGGCCGUGGAAACUGUUCCCAAAAGGCACAGAAUGCUACGUUCUGCAGUCGCGUGUCGCUGUUAAACUCUCUCUCCCUACUUGUAGUAAGGGACUGGUCAGUAAAGGUUUCUUUUGUAUUGGGUGAGCUCCCUCAGGUUACCAGCAGAACCAGUCUAGUGCAUCUGCUUGACCUCUCCUCAACAAAACAAGUCUUAGCAUCUGGAUUGGUGUAAGCAUUUAGAUGAUUUUUGUGUCCUCCCCGUUGGAAGGGAUUCGAUGAGGUUUGCAGUCAAGAGCGGCGUAGGCGCAGGGUUCUGUGGGGUUGAUUUGACACCCAAAGGUUCCUGGUCUUAAACUUUUGACAGGAAUGAUUCAAUCCUGUAGCUGGUAUCGAAUGCCUUUCGUUAGUCAGACACAUCGUGAUGAGCUUUUGAAUUCCUUUUGGGUUGUUUCUUUUGUAGCCCUGUUUGAGCAGCUAACAGCACUGGAAGCACACAGCCAUAUCUAAGGAACGCCUCCUCUUCAGCAGCAGAUACACUCAGUAGCUGAACUAGGUCUGAACAACGGUGAUUAUGUUGUCUUGCAUAUGUUAUAUCUAAGGCUGUGAAAGUUUGUUCCAGCUCUAGGAAAGUGUAGAAACAUGACAGUAUGUAGCUUUUUUUUUUUUUCCCCUUUCCUUUCUUUGUUUUGUUUUGUUGGGAUUGUUUCCCCCCCCCCCCCUCCCUUAUGAUGGUUAGUGCUGCAGCUCGACAAAUCUCUGGACAAUCUGUGUCUUCCCAGUGGGUUUCAUGAACUGUCAUUUCAACUGACAGCGGUGGUGUGGUGGGGGAGAAGCUGAGAGUACAGUGAUCUGCUUCAUUCUUCCUGUGUACAUUGCUUCGGAGUCAAUUGCAGCACUACCUUCUGCUUCAUCAGCUAAUAGGAAACUUUUCUUAUUGUGUAAAUGCUGUAAGACUUUGUACAUACUUCAGUUGUUACCAAAUCUUUAAAAGGAAGAGUGUUAAUGCUAAUAAAUAGCUCCUGGUGCAGGUA